AUGCUGUUUUCCUGGAGAGAAGGCCCAGGAGCUCAGCUUUUGCUGCUCGCUCUUCUGCUCCUCGCAGCCUGGGAGUCGGGGAGCGGCCAGGUCCAUUACUCGGUUCCCGAGGAGGCAAAACACGGCACCUUCGUGGGCCGCAUCGCCCAGGACCUAGGACUGGAGCUGGCGGAGCUGGUGCCCCGCCUGUUCCGGGUGGCGUCCAAAGGCCGCGGGGAUCUUCUGGAGGUAAAUCUGCAGAAUGGCAUUUUGUUUGUGAAUUCUCGGAUCGACCGGGAAGAGCUGUGCGGGCGGAGCGCGGAGUGCAGCAUCCACCUGGAGGUGAUCGUGGACCGGCCGCUGCAGGUGUUCCAUGUGGAGGUGGAAGUUACAGAUAUUAACGACAACCCGCCUGUGUUCCCAGAAAGUGAAAAAAGAAUAAUCAUUGCUGAAUCUAGACCUCCGGAAACUCGGUUCCCGCUAGAUGGCGCAUCUGAUGCAGAUAUUGGAGUAAACUCCGCCUUGACGUACCGAGUCGAUCCCAACGAUUAUUUCACUUUGGACACACAAAAUAGUCGUGAACAAAUGUCUUCGUUAUCACUUGUGUUAAGGAAAUCACUGGACAGAGAGGAAAUUCAGGAACAUAGUUUAUUAUUGACAGCUAGUGAUGGAGGUAAACCCGAGUUGACCAGCACAGUUCAGCUGCUGAUUACAAUCCUGGAUGUGAAUGACAACACACCAGAAUUUGACCAACUAAUUUAUAAAGUGAGAAUGUUAGAGAACUCACUUAAUGGCUCAUUAGUGAUCAAACUAAAUGCCACAGACCCUGAUGAUGGUACAAAUGCAGACAUAACCUACUCAUUUAGAAGACCUGUAUCACCUGCAGUAUUAUAUGCGUUUUACAUAAAUCCCGACAGUGGAGAAAUUAGAACAAAAGGUAAAUUGGAUUUCGAAGAAAAUAAAUUGUAUGAAAUAUCCGUGGAAGCGAUUGACAAAGGGAAUAUUCCAAUGGCGGGUCAUUGUACCAUUUUGGUGGAAAUAGUAGAUAUAAAUGACAAUGCUCCAGAAGUUACCAUCACUUCUUCGGCUCUUCCGGUGCGAGAGGACGCUCAGGUGGGCACUCUCAUCGCCUUGAUCAGCGUGGCCGACCGUGACUCCGGCGCCAACGGGCAGGUGACCUGCUCCCUGAUGCCUCAUAGCCCGUUCAAGUUGGUGUCCACCUUCAAGAAUUACUAUUCACUAGUGUUGGACAACACCUUGAACCGCGAGAGCGUGGCGAAUUAUGAGGUGGUGGUGACUGCGAGGGACGGGGGCUUGCCGUCGCUCUCGGCCACAGCCAGCGUGUCCGUGGAGGUGGCCGACGUGAACGACAACGCGCCGGUGUUCGCGCAGCCCGAGUACACGGUGUUCGUGAAGGAGAACAACCCGCCCGGCUGCCACAUCUUCACCGUGUCUGCGCGAGACGCGGACGUGCAGGAGAACGCGCUGGUGUCCUACUCGCUGGUGGAGCGGCGGGUGGGCGAGCGAGCUCUGUCGAGCUACGUGUCGGUGCACGCGGAGAGCGGCAAGGUGUACGCGCUGCAGCCGCUGGACCACGAGGAGCUGGAGCUGCUGAGGUUCCAGGUGAGCGCGCGCGACGCGGGCGUGCCGCCCCUGGGCAGCAACGUCACGCUGCAGGUGUUCGUGCUGGACGAGAACGACAACGCGCCUACGCUGUUGCCGCCCGGGCCAGGCGGAGGACCCAGCGCCGUGACCCAGGUGGUGUCGAGGUCCGUGGAGGCGGGCCACGUGGUGGAGAAGGUGCGCGCGGUGGACGCCGACUCGGGCUACAACGCGUGGCUGUCGUACGAGCUGCAGCUGGCCGCGGGUGGCGCGAGCAGCCCGUUCCGCGUGGGGCUGUACACCGGCGAGAUCAGCACGACGCGCGCCCUGGACGAGGCGGACGCGCCCCGCCAGCGCCUGCUGGUGCUGGUGAAAGACCACGGCGAGCCGGCGCUGACGGCCACGGCCACCGUGCUGCUGUCGCUGGAGGACAGCGGCCAGGCGCCCAAGGCCUCUUCGCGGGCGUUGUCUGGUGCAGCUGGCGCAGAGACGGCGUUAGUGGAUGUGAACGUGUACCUGAUCAUCGCCAUCUGCGCGGUGUCCAGCCUGUUUGUGCUCACGCUGCUGCUGUACACGGCGCUGCGGUGCUCCGCGCCGCCCAGCGAAGGCACGUGCGGGCCGGUGAAGCCCAGACUGGUGAGCUCCAGCGCGGUGGGGAGCUGGUCUUACUCUCAGCAGAAGCAGCAGAGGGUGUGCUCUGGGGAGGGGCCGCCCAAGACCGACCUCAUGGCCUUCAGUCCCAGUCUUCCUCCUUGUCUGAGUUCUGCGGAUAAUACUAAUUAUUUGCUUUUGUUGAAUUCUUGA